UCCUAAAUCAGCCUCUUCCCCCAUCGGUAAACAAACAAAAAUCCCCUCUCCUCGCCUUCCGCCGCUCGUGGCCGUCAAUUCCCGGCCGUCCUGCCUCCGCCGUCGCCGGCGCAGGAAAAGAAUAAAGUUAUCCUCUAAACCCUGUUGUGUUCCGAUCGAAUUUGAAGUCCUAAAAUGGGAUCGGAGUUAAUAUUCAGAGGACACGACGAGACCCAACCGGCGGCGGACGCAUAUUCCCCAAAACCCCCAAAACCAUGGCUGUCCGUCACCCGUCCGAUUCGCUACAUGCUUCGUGAACAGCGCCUCGUUUUCGUCCUCGUCGGCAUUGCCAUCGCCACUUUCGUCUUCACCCUCUUCCCCUCUUCCAAUUCUCCUUCCCGGGUCGGAUACGACCCGAUCCCCACCGAACUUGCCCGGUGGUCCAAUACGCCGUCGUACGAACACCGAGCCGGCUUCCAAGUCCACCGUGUAAUGAACUCCGGCGGCAAGAUCCCACUUGGGCUGAAGCGGAAAGGGCUCCGGAUCGUGGUGACUGGGGGGGCUGGAUUCGUCGGGUCGCAUCUUGUGGACCGUUUGAUCGAGAGAGGCGACAGCGUGAUCGUGGUGGAUAAUUUCUUCACCGGACGGAAAGAAAACGUGAUGCAUCAUUUUGGGAACCCGAGAUUUGAAUUGAUUCGACACGAUGUUGUUGAACCACUUCUUCUUGAAGUAGACCAGAUCUACCAUUUGGCUUGCCCUGCUUCCCCUGUUCAUUACAAAUUCAACCCUGUCAAGACAAUCAAGACCAAUGUGGUCGGAACUUUGAAUAUGUUGGGAUUAGCAAAGAGAGUUGGAGCAAGGUUUCUGCUGACUAGUACCAGUGAAGUUUACGGAGAUCCUCUUCAACACCCACAAGUUGAAACCUACUGGGGCAACGUUAAUCCCAUCGGUGUCCGGAGCUGUUACGAUGAAGGAAAACGCACCGCCGAGACCUUGACCAUGGACUAUCACCGAGGAGCCGAUGUUCAAGUUAGGAUUGCUAGAAUUUUCAACACUUAUGGCCCAAGAAUGUGCAUUGAUGAUGGUCGCGUUGUUAGUAAUUUUGUUGCUCAGGCUUUGAGGAAGGAGCCUCUUACUGUCUAUGGUGAUGGGAAACAAACCAGGAGUUUCCAAUAUGUUUCUGAUCUUGUGGAGGGAUUGAUGAAGCUAAUGGAGGGAGAGCACAUUGGACCCUUCAACCUUGGUAACCCUGGUGAAUUCACCAUGCUUGAACUUGCCAAGGUUGUCCAGGAAACAAUCGAUCCAGAUGCAAAGAUAGUGUACAAGCCAAACACAGCGGAUGACCCUCACAAGAGGAAGCCAGACAUCACCAAGGCCAAGGAUCUACUUGGGUGGGAACCCAAAAUUCCUCUUCGCAAGGGUCUCCCGCUCAUGGUCUCCGAUUUUCGACAACGUAUCUUUGGUGACCAUAAGGACAACAGCGGGGCUAACGUGGCAGCGUAGUCAACUUAGGAGAAUCAAACCAAGUUCUUCUUGUACCAUUAAAAUUAAGUAUUAAUGGUUAAAGUUGAUAGUAUAAAGUGGAGGUGCAGAAGCAAAAGGGAGUGAAAGUGAAGCUUCUGUUUAUGGGAAUCUAAUAGGUUAGAUUUUGGGUGGCAUGAUGUUUAGAACAAUUUGGUUUUGGUUUUGGUUUUUUCUUUUUUUCUUUUCUUUUCUUUUUUUGAAAAAUUGUUAUGUGUUGUAAGUUUGAUUAGAGGAAUUGGGGUGGGGUUAAUUUGUGGUUGAGGAAAUGAUGGUCCAUCCCAUUCACAUCAAUUACAGAAUUCUAAACAACAAAAAUAAAAGGAUGAAAAUUAUUGAGCCAAACUCAUUAUUCUACAAAA